CACACAGAUACAGCUCCAGUGUUAUCCUGCACACACACUGAGGCUGAGCCUGGAGCUGCCACAGCUGAAGACAACAGCAUGAAGCUGCUGAAAUAUAUUUUGACUGUGGGCUGCCUUUAUCAAGCUUUUCAGAGUUCCUCCUCUCAAACCGAACAAAACGGUCUCCUCCCGACAGCAGAGGUAAACACUACGCAGUCGGACGAAGAACUCAACAGUGAGCCUUACGUGGAGCUACUUGGCCGCGAAUGCAGCUGGAUGCUCAAGGUGCCUGGAAACAGGAGCGACGCUCUGGUGCCGCUCACGGCAGAGUCCACAGACGCUCUCGCCGAGCAGAUCUGCCAGGACCUCGGCUGCGGCAGCGUUUACAAUCUGAGUGAAAGCAGCUCACCGCCUCACGCUCCCUGCUGGGACGGCUGCUCUUACCAGGACGGCCAUCUGCAGAACUGCUCCCAGCACGUGGGAAGUAACUGCACUGUGAUUAAUAAAGUGGUUUGUGGCCAGGAGGCCGUCCGGCUGGCAGGCGGAGGAGACCGCUGCGCCGGACGGGUGGAAGUAUGGAAACAUGGCAGAUGGGGCACGGUGUGUGACGACCAGUGGGACCUGAGGGACGCCGACGUGGUGUGUGCCCAGCUCGGCUGCGGCUACGCCAUCAAUGUGACGGGACAGGGCGGCCAGUUCCCCCGGGGCAGCGGGCCCAUCCACCUGGACGAGCUGAACUGCACGGGCUCGGAGGAGAGCCUGUGGGCCUGUCCCGCCACAGAGGAGGGCCACGACUGUGGACACAAGGAGGACGCUGGGGUUGUGUGCUCAGAGAUGAGAGCCGUGAGGCUGACGGGAGGCCUGGACCGCUGCGCCGGCCGGGUGGAGGUGCACCGCAACGGGACAUGGGGGACAGUGUGUGACAUCAGCUUCCAGAAAGAGGAGGCGACCAUGACGUGCUCCAUGCUGAACUGUGGCAAGGAGGCGGAGAAGUUCAGCCAGUUUGACCAUCCCUUCGCUCACGUCAACGGCAGCCAGUGGUACUACAUGUGCAGUUCAGAGCACACAAACCUGUGGCAGUGUAUGGAGUUCAUCAACAACAAAAAUCUGUGUAAGGGCACGAAGGCAGCUGGACUCAUCUGUAAAGGGUCUCUUGGGUUUCCAGUUGCCACCACAGUUAAUACAACUUUAACCACUGCUUGGAUCACAGCUUCUCCCCCAACAAACAAAACUGCAGUCGGCUCCACUGGAGGGUUUUUCAGUGUCAUAACUCCGGAGCUGCUCGCCUGCAUCGCCCUGUCAUGUGGGCUCCUUGUCGCUCUGAUUGCACAUCCUGUGGUCUGCUGCCACUACAGAAGAAGAAGUGCUCUCUUACUCCAGCAGGGGCGCACAAACCUGCACCCGCCUUCUGAAUAUCAGCACAACUACCGAGAGCCUGUUGAUCUGGUGAAGGUCUCCGCCGGCCCGGGGGAGAGUGACGUCCCCUCCAAUCCCAGGUGUCUUUGGACGCAGCUUAGUAGUGCUGACAGCACCUCACUAGAUACAGACUAUGAGCAGUAUGACCCAAGCAAUGACUCGUCUGUCCUUUUAUCAACCUUUCGGAAUUCUCAGCGGUACAGAACAGACAUAAACCCUCUGAAAGCCUCAGCUCUCGACAGUGUCUCUGAGGAAGCCCCCAGAUAUGAAUACAGUGGAGUCCCCACCACCCAGAAUGGUUGUCCUGUAAAUUAUCCCUAUGCCACAGUGUCUAAAAAUCCCAGCUGCAACAACAGUGAGGACUCCUUUGAAACUUCCAGCACCUCCUCGGACGAAUGCUAUGAAAACACGACAAAAGCUGGAGAUCCACUUGCUCUCGGAAUGACACAGCCAUACCAGCCACCUGUCUACAAUAAUGACCAGCUCCACUGCGGACAAACAGUAAACACAGAGGAUUCAGGAGACGGGACCAAUGAUGAUGAAGACGAUGGGCCCCUCUACUCGCCUGUGAGCCCUGACUGCCAGUCCUCAUCCACAGAGGACGAUGAGUACGAUGAUGUUGGCAACUGCUAGCGAACACAGGAGGUGAACAUAGAUCAUAUAGAUAUAUGGACUUAGUAUGUAUUUGGGCCUCAAACUGAGAUUUCGCAGCUGCAGUGAACAUUUUUUAACAAAAAUGUCCACAGCAGGACACACACUGGCUUCUGUCUGACAUGACUCAAACUGAUAGCAAGAAGUUCAAUGCGUAGUUUUCUCUACACUGACACACAAGCACUGGCACUGUCUUAUUGUUAGAUUUCUGAAUGUAAUUGCUGUAACAAACUGUAACAAAAAAAAAAAAUGUUUUUUCAUAUUUCACAACUAUAUAUAUUUGUAUAGCCCUGCUCUGUAAAGCUAUGGAUGUUAAUGAUCUGCAAAUAUUUGCAAUAAA